AUGUCUGACCAAUUGAUCCUAGUAACCGGUGCCUCAGGCUUCGUUGCAACCCACAUAAUUGACGUUUUCCUUCGGUCCGGUUUCCUCAUUCGUGGCACGGUGCGAUCUUAUGACAAAGUUGAGAAAGUCAGCCAGGCUUUUCCGGAAUACGUCCGGGACAGAAGGUUGACCUUUACGAUUGUGCGGGAUAUAAGUUCAUUCAAUGCUUUUGACGAAGCAGUGAAGGACGUUACGGGUAUCAUUCAUACAGCUACGCCGUUCCAGAUGCAAGUCGAAAACAACGAGCGCGACCUUCUCAUACCUGCGAUUGAGGGCACUAAGAACAUUCUUCGGUCGAUCAACGAAAAAGUACCUAAUUUGCGACGAUUGGUUCUCAUAUCAUCAUUUGCAUCCAUAAUUGAUCUGUCCAAAGGGAAUAGACCAGGUUAUGUAUACAGCGAAAAGGACUGGAAUCCAAUGAGUUACCAAGAGGCUGCCAAAAAAGGGACUUCCGGCGCGGAAGCGUAUUGUGCAGCAAAAGCUCUCGCCGAACGUGAGGCUUGGGACUUUGUAAAAAGAGAAUGCCCUUCAUGGGACCUGACGACAAUCUGCCCUCCUAUGAUUUACGGUCCAAACAAAAACGCAACGACAGAUUUGGCACAUCUAAAUACAUCCUCUGCUGAUAUCUACCGACUCAUGUCACCAACAUCAAAGCCAAGUGACCCUGUGCCAGCGAAUGAUUUUUGGGCUUGGGUUGAUGUGCGCGAUGUGGCCGAUGCCCAUUUGAAAGCGUAUGAGCUUCCAGAAGCAGGAGGACAACGAUUUUUUGUGGCUGAAGGAAAUUUUAGCUACCAAAUGAUAGCAGAUAUCCUUCGAGAGAAAUUGUCCGAAAUCAGAGAGCGUGUGCCUAUCGGUAUGCCUCAGUCUGGUUUGGGUAACGUUGAGGUCUACGGUGUUGAUAAUUCGAAGUCCAAACAGCUCCUCGGGAUUAAAUACCGUACACUCCAAAAUUCAGUGUUGGACGCUGCCCAGUCCCUUUUGGAGUUAGAAAGGCGAGGACAGACAUGA